AUGAAUACAUCUUUGACAAGGUAUAACACCUCUUUCGAUCUUGAACUAUACAGGACAUACAUGAGGAUGGUGGAAGCAGCUGACAUGAUCUGGAUCUACGUUCCGCCAUUGAUUUUAAUUCUCGGCACGUUCGGCAACGGAAUGUCCAUAGCUAUUCUGAGUAAAAUGAACAGAAGAGGCGAGUCGACUGUGACCACCUAUCUGAUAGCUUUGGCGGUGUCCGAUCUUCUGCUUCUGUACUUCGGCCUUCUCCGACUGUGGCUGUACUUUGAGUUUGGCUUCGAUUUCAUGUCCGUAAGUAGCUUCGUGUGCAAACUGUGCAAGUGGGUGGUGUACAUGAGCGGCGCCAUGUCGGCGUGGUUCCUGGUGGCCGUGACACUGCAGCGAACCGUGUCUGUGGUGUGGCCGCACCGCAUGAACGCCGUGUGCACACCCAGGACGUCCCGCAGGCUGGUGGCCGGCAUCGCCAUGUUCCUCAUGGCCGUGCACCUGCACGUGCUGUACGGCGUGGAGGUCGUUGGAUUCGAAGACGGCAACGCCACCAUCUACCAGUGCCACAUCGCUGAUGAAGGUUACCUGAAUUUCUUCUCUAAGAUUUGGUCGUGGGUCGACCUGAUGAUCUUCUCUCUCACGCCCUUUGCUAUCCUGCUCGUCUCCAACGCCAUCUUGCUCAAGACCGUUGUGACGUCAGCGAGACGAGCCCUACAGACGUUGACAGUCCGCGAUACGAAGCAGAUUUCUGAGAGAGAAAAGAAGGCUUCGUCGAUGACAGUGACACUGAUAACCAUAUCCUUCACCUUCUUCCUCCUGACCGGUCCGUUCUGCAUCUACCUUCUCAUUAAACCUUAUGUCCUUCUAAAUAGAUCAACCGACCUACGUGAGAAAGGUAUACAGGAGGUUGUUCUGGUCUCCAUCAACAUGCUGUGGUAUUCAAACAGUGCAGUUAAUUUUUAUCUGUAUUGUUUAACCGGAAGUAGGUUUCGGCUAGAGUUCAAGAACAUUUUCACAUGCAGCAACCAUAAAAAGUGA